UGCAGCAGCAGCAGUGGGCAGGACAUAAAACUACUGAAUAUCUCUCCAGUAAAGAGGAAUCGUCUGCUGUUUUCCUAAAAGGAAGACAUGCAGACUGUAAUUUUAAUCUGGAUGAAACAGACUACAACAGUUAACAAGGCUUAGGAGAACUGUUUCCAUCCGUGACAACAGAAUUACAGCCGCCGGCUACUUUACAGGGGAGGUGUGUUGAAUUCAUCAGAAGUGGUGUAGCAGCAUCUAGAAAGAGCCUGAAGUCAUGUCCUCCAACAACACCUUUAACAGCAACUUGCUGUUCCAGUCCAUCACGGAUGACCUGAACGCGUCACUGGCGACGGCGGAUGAGCUCUCUCGUGAGUUUAGUUCCCUCCUGCAGGAUAUCUCCCCUAACAGUAAUGGAAGCUCUACAGCACAGAGCUCCAGCUCAAAACCACAGGACAACAUCAGCUCCACUAACAUCAGUAGUGCUUCUACUGCCAGUAUCAGAGAUGCAGGUGGAAGUGUCAUGAAUAGAGGCACCAUGUCCUUCCCUCAAACCACACCACCCAUCAGAGUUUCAGAGCCCAGCAUUCACUCAUCAGACUCUUUCUUUUCCACUAGAGAAAAGCCCUCCCCAAACCCCCAGGUCUAUCAGUAUACCUCUACACAACCUCGAAACACUCGCACUGAGCCUGUCUACUCACACGGAACAUUGUCGCCCCCAAAUCAGUCACCACAUACCCCACGCCGGGCAUCACCAAACCCAACCAGGUCACAUGAGCGGAGCCUGAGUGGCUCAUUCACCUUUGCUGAACUCACACCUACCUUCAAAUAUGAGCAACCAUCUGUUCCUGGCAUGCUUCAAGUCCUAUCCAAUCCGGUGGCAUCGGUUGACUCACCCACCAGUGGACGGAGAUCACCCAGGCUGGAGAGAGUUCCUUCACCUGGACCUUUCAGCCAACCUAUGGCGAGCACGUUGCCACGCAGUUUCACUCCAUUUAAAACUACAGAUGAUGGCAUACAACGGCAGAGCGGCUCGGGAAAAUGGAACGAGACAGACUUGGAUGUUUCUUAUGAAAGAAAACCACACCACACCUACGACAAGAAUGAGUGGAUCAGACCAUCUUUCACCAGCAGCAACUGGAGAGAGUCCAAUCUGGACUCACCCGCUGUACCUCGAAAGGACCCUUUGCCUCGUCAUCUCCCAUCAGCUGAUGGCUCUUUGCCCAGGAACACUCGUAUCUCUGUGCCACCUGAUCGUGCCCCACCAAACCAGUCACCUUUUAACCCUCAGCCAAUCAUCUCCCGCGUCACCAUCCCGCCAGCAUCAUCCGGGCUCCGCACACAUAAGCCCAUUCCUCUGUCUGUCAUCAUGAGGCUCCAGAACCCAUACUAUUCAGCAGCCACCAGAUAUCCAUAUGACACAGAGGGCGAGCGAGAUCUCAGCAUGCAACGCCAGCCUGCACCUCUGCCCCUGCCCCGAGAGUUGCUUUACCACUUUCAACCCAUCCAAGAGCAGAGAUCUGCGGUUUAUUAUCCAGAAGCUCCCAAGCCAGGGUACGUGGAGCUUGUAAAAAUAAACUCCGUAAAUAAGCCAUCGGUGCCCCCAGAAACCCAAGCACCCUCAGUCGAGCCAAGCAAGGAGCCCAAAGUAGAGGAGAACACUGAUGAUUCGGAGGUGGAAGCGACUUCUCGGCCCCCAAGCCCUGCGAUCUUGCAGCGAGUGGUGGCCCCGGAAGCUCCUGUUGUCCCCGAUAUGGACAUGUUGCUCCAGCUCCGAGCUGAGAUCCCACGUGCCCUGAAGAAACGAGGCUCCGUCGACAUUUCACAGAGCCUGAAGAAGAAGCCUGUUCUUCAACCUAGCCAGUACAAGCAGAUGAUUAAAAAAAUGUUCCACAGGAAUAGACCCCAAACAAAAAGUGAGACAGGCAGCGAGAGCAGCUCCUCCGAUGGAGAGGAGAACACAACGUCAAUACCGUACUCACCUUCACCUGUCCCAAACACGGCUAUGCUACCCCAGCAGAAGGGUCUUCAAUCAAUUCUGCGAAAGCCUAAAGGAAGUAGUGGAAAAGGACAGCGCGCUCGUCUCAGUCCUCUGGUGCUGCUGCUGGACGGUUCUCUGGUCGGGGAGCUGGAUACGGUGCAGAGAGCCGUGCAGGAAAUGAGUGACCCGAGCCAGCCAAAUGAUGAGGGCAUCACCGCCCUUCAUAAUGCUAUCUGUGGUGGACACUAUGCUGUAGUGGAGUUCCUCGUAAGCAUCGGUGCCAACGUCAGCGCCCCAGACAGUCACGGCUGGACUCCCCUGCACUGUGCUGCCUCCUGUAACGACCGGGCCCUCUGUGAGUUUCUGGUGCAUAGUGGUGCAGCUGUCAUGGCCGUGACAGAGAGCGACGGAGCCACAGCAGCACAGAAAUGUGACCCUUAUGCUGUGGGUUACGAAGAGUGUGAGAGCUUCCUCAGAGGAGUGGAGGAGGCGAUGGGUGUUGAGAAGAGUGGCGUGGUGUACGCACUUUGGAGUUACCCAGCACAGACACAUGAUGAGCUGAGCUUCAAGGAGGGAGACAUGGUUACCAUCCUGCAGAAACCAGAAGGAAUGGACUGGUGGUUGGCUUCGCUCUACGGGCGAGAGGGCUUUGUCCCAAAUAACUACUUUGGGCUUUUCCCAAAGGUGCGGCCAAAAUCACUGUGCUAGAUUUCCCUCUACAGGAAAAACUCCCAUACUACACCACAGAAAUACUACUAUACUCAAUGAUGGUUUUAUUUUUUUCCUCCAGUAGUUAUUGUAUUAUUGUAUUUUCUUGAUUAUGUAAAUUAUAUCAAGGGCUUGGAAGUAGAGGUGUAUGUCACAUUAUAGACUUAAAAAAAAAUUAGUAUCACAAUAUAUAAAUCUUAUGGCAGGAAAAAUAAAUAGGUAUUGUUAACGAUUCGGCUAGAUUUACUCCCAUACCUCCUGUAAAAUAUGUGAACAGGUCUGGGUAACUUUUUGGUAGAAUUUUGACAAUUUCUGCAAUAAGAAGUUAUGAAACCUCUUUUAGAAGUCAAUUAGAAGUGAAGCAAAUCUAACAUUUUAAAACUAGGAUACUUGAAUGAAAAUUGAGAAAAUUGCAUUUCAUUCCAAUUCCUACAUUUAAAACCUAAUACACUUGUACAACAACAUCACUGCCGGACUUAGGAUUUGUAAGGAAACGAGUUCUCAGUUUGAUUAUCCAUCUACACCAACCACACCAGUGCUUCAUCACCUGAGUUAAAUUCACCUGAGGUCACUAUCUUUGACUCUUCACUUGGCUAAUCACUGUUCACACUAACAUCAGUAGGGAAAUGAUCACUGAUUAAUUCAUUAUUCAUUUGUUCUGUUGGAUAAAAUUCUUGUUAUUGUCUUUGGUUAGUUUACAUUUACACAUUAAGUUUUUUCGCCGCUGUUUUGAUGGUAAUGUGAUGACAGGAACAUUUGCAUUCUUUUUUGACAGCCAGUAUCUUAUUACAAUAUAAAUGAAUGAAUUAGAAGUCUAUCUAAUUCUCUAUGGCACAUACAUUUUUCAUAAAUUACUGACAAUCCCUUUGUGUGGAGAUCACACUUAGCUUUGCAAGGUUUUAGCCACGGCAAGGUUUAAAAAAAAAAAAUGUCCACAUUGUUUUGGUUAAAGAAUAUAUAUAUAUAUAUAUAUAUAUGUUUUUAUUUUGUCUACUUUCUACUGUUUGUGUUGUUUGAGGCCAGAAUUCAGUCACAGUAGCAUCUGACAGGUUUUCCCAGAUCACCACCACCACACACAAAUGUUUAAACGUGUUGAAAUGUGAAAUGUUCUUUAAAUAUGAUGGGCUGAGUCGCUGACAAUGCUAGUUACCUGAAGUUUUGUGUUCAAAUCCCAUAUAUAACCUUUAGCUGCUAUCUUUGGAUUAAAUUUUCUCCCAAGUGAAUGUAGAUGAUCAGUAUGAGAUCAAUGCAAAUUAAAUGCUUGUCAUUUUUCAGAUUGGCUAGGUAUUGAUUGAUUUAUCAUGUCAGUAUUGAGUCUGGCUGUGAGUAUUGUUUUACUGGUAUUGAUUUUCUGUCUCGGUGUGUGUGUGUGAGAGAGAGGGAGAGAGAGAGAGAUAUUAAUUGUGUGGUUUCCUUUAAAUAAAUGUAUCAUAAUCUUAUUUCUAUAAAUUAGAGAUACACUGAGUUACUAUUAGAUUCACUUCUCUCGUAACUGAUAAUCUGCAAUUUACUGUACAGGACUUUUCUUUGUUGUCUGUAAUUUUAGUCAUCAUGUAAUGUUGCCCACAUUAAUCUUGUACAGUAUUUUGUUCACAAUGCAUUUGUAAUGUCUCCAUUUAUACUUAGGAAUGAUUUACUAUCACCUUACACGUUAAUUUUACCUCCAAGUGCUGUGUGUAAGAAUGACCUUGGAAUCACUUUUCAAAUAAUUGUGUUCUGGUAAUUAAGUGUGAUAUUAAUAGAGUAUUUAAUGUGAUGUGUGUCUGUUUUAUUGUUGUGUGUGUGUGUGGGUGUGUGUGUGUAGCUGGCACAGGCUGUUACAUAAGAGUUAACCUGAUUGUAUUUUUGGUGAUACAGUAAAAAUAUUAAGUCUG